AUGGAUAAGCCAAUUUAUCGAUCAUUUGCUAUUUCUCUGCCAUGUUCAGAAUUUGCCUCAAACAACUUGGAAUUUUUUGGUAAAAUAGUGGAUAUCAAAUCAUGCUCCUAUCGGUUACUAAGCUCUCAUUCAAGUAUAUGCAAUGAAAACAUUUUACCUCGAUCUUCUCUUGAAUUAGUUAUCAUUGACAAUGAUAUAUAUCUCAUGUCGCUUUUUCAGUUACAACUCCAUCAUGACAUCCAUUUUGCAAAGCUGUUCAAUCCACUUCGAAAUUUGAAGACUCCGUUUUCGGACAAUUCACGUAGUUCUGCUCGACAUCAUGCGUCGUCAUCAAGUCAAAUGGCCUUUUGGACACGUUUCAUUCGCACCAAUUAUCACGAAGCAGCAGUUACAACAGGCUAG